AAGAAAUAUAUAAUUGUGGAGGGAAAUUAAGAAAAAUACAGGACACAGUAAUGCUGUUUUUGUUGCUGUUGUUGUUAUUGCUGCUGCUGCUGACAGGCAAGCAAAUGGCGUGGGAAAACAGGACUGUGGUGACCGAGUUUGUGCUCCUAGGCCUCUCCCAGUCCCAGGAAAUCAAGCUCUUCUUAUUUGUGCUCUCCUUCCUCCUGGCUACCCUCUUCAGCAACCUUCUCAUCCUCGUGGCAAUUUCCCAGGACCACUGCCUUUUAGAUUCCCCCAUGUUCUUUCUGCUGAGUCAUCUGGCGUUUUUGGACCUCUGCAUGUCCUCUUUUACCACCCCCAGGUUCCUCUUUGAUUUCUUUGCCCAACACCAAGCCAUCUCCUUCCAGGGCUGCAUGGCACAAAUCUUCUCCGUCCACCUCUUUGGAGGCAGUGAGAUGCUCCUGCUGAUGGUUAUGGCUUAUGACCGAUAUGUGGCCAUCUGUCAUCCUCUCCACUACUCCUCACUCAUGAGCCGGAACCAUUGUGUGGGGUUUGUGCUGGCCUCCUGGGCCAGUGGACUCCUCCACACCAGUGUGCAGUUGGGCUUCAUCAUCAACAUCCCUUUCUGUGGGCCAAACCAUGUGAAUAGCUUCUUCUGUGACAUUCCCUUGGUCAUCAAGUUGGCUUGUGUUGAUAUCUAUCCCCUGGAGGUCAUGAUGAUGGCCAACAGUGGCAUCUUGUCACUGGUGUGUUUCAUCACUUUACUUAUCUCCUAUGGACUCAUUCUCUCUGCAGUCUACUCCCGGGCUCCCUCUGAAGGAACCUCCAAGGCUGUCUCCACAUGUACUUCUCACCUCUUAGUGGUCACCAUGUUCUUCGGGCCCUGUAUAUUUAUCUACCUGCGCCCCUAUACCUACGCUACCAUUGAUAAAGUGCUCUCCAUCUUCUACACCACCAUCACCCCCUUGCUAAACCCCACCAUCUAUGCUCUGAAGAACAAGCAGAUGAAAACUGCCAUUGGAAGGCUGUUGAUAAGAUGUUCUGGACACGUUUCUGCUGAGAUUCCCACCAUUCCAGCAGGGGAGAUAGCCUCUUGGAGACACAAAAGAAACUGCCUUCCAUGCAAGCCAAAACUUAAUUCAGUGUCACUAUUACCAGUUGUAUAAUUUGGGUAUUGUAUAGCCAAGGGGCAGAUGAGAAAUAAGCAGCCAACAGAGUGGUACAAGGCACCAGACGGUUUUCAAAUAAAGGACAAUAUGAGGAUCUCCACUCCCAUCUAGACCAGGAAUUUUUAACCUUGGGCCUCCAGAUGUUGUUGUACUAGAACUCCCAUCAUCCCCAGACAUGGCCUUUGUGGCUGAGGAUGAUGGGAGUUGUAGUCCAUCAACAUCUGGGGGCCC